AUGGAAAAUUCAAUAGCGGAGGAGAAGGUGGUUCUCAUCGCCAAGGACAAGGACCCCAGAAAGUGUGGCUCAAGGGCCACGCCUUUCAUCAUAGUUAAUGAGGCAUUUGAGAGGGUGGCUAGCUAUGGGCUGAUGCCAAAUAUGAUCUUCUACUUGAUGAAAAAUUAUCGAUUGGAGGCUGCAAGUGGGUCAACCAUUCUCUUCUUGUGGUCUGCUAUGUCUAAUGGAUUGUCCAUUUUCGGAGCCUUCAUCUCCGAUUCAUUCAUGGGUCGGUAUCUGGUCAUCUCUUUGGGAUCACUCUGCAGCCUUCUUGUGAGUCAUUUCCUGCUAUCAUAUUCACUGAUUCUAUGGGAUGAUUCUUCUUUGGUUAACUGCCAUGAUCCCACAACUAAGCCCUCCACUUGCGACCGAUUCACCGACGUCUGCAGAUCAGCUACUACAGGCCAACUAGCUGUUUUAUUCUCCUCUUUCGGCCUCGUAUCCCUCGGAGCCGGUUGCAUUAGGCCUUGCUCUAUCGCCUUCUGUGCAGACCAAUUAGACAACAAAGAGAACCCCAACAAUGAGAGUGUCUUGCAGAGUUUCUUUAAUUGGUAUUAUGCUGCAGUAGGAUUAUCAACGAUUAUAGCGUUUACAGCUAUUGUCUACAUUCAAGAUCACCUUGGUUGGAAAGUCGGGCUUGCGGUUCCUGCAAUUCUCAUGUUCUUCUCUGCUCUAAUGUUUUUGGUGGGUUCUUCCCUGUACGUCAAAACAAAAGCCUCCACGAGCUUAUCUACUGGGUUUGUUCAAGUCUUGGUUGCAGCAUUCAGGAACAGGAAGCUCAGGCUGUCUCACAGUAGCAUUGAACAGUAUUACCACAGUGAUGAAUCUGAGUUCCAGGUCCCCACUGAUAAUUUAAGGUGUCUAAACCGAGCUUGUAUAGUAACGGACCCUGAUAGGGAUGUAAACCCGUAUGGGUCAGCUUCAAAUCCAUGGCGUCUAUAUACAGUUGAUCAGGUAGAAUCGCUGAAAGCUCUUCUGAGGGCAUCCCCAUUUGGUCUACAGGCAUCAUGA